UCUACGUAGAGUGCUCACAGCUGUACACGCAUCUCGCAGUGGUACGCAGCGUGUUAAAUUAAUCAGAAAUCGGUAGCCGCGUGCGGACGCAAGGACUUUCUGGCUGGAAGAAGCGAAGGACGAGACGUUUGAUUUUUCCUUAGUGGAAGAUAUUUAUUUCAAAAACAUGAAACAGUUUGCACACUACGUAUGUCUGGCUGUACUUGUGACGGCGGUCUCUGCGAGAUCGGCCGAAACUAAUCCUACAUCCAAUUCCAUUAAUGAACAACAAACCGCAAGGUCAAGUGGACUUGGUGUAUUUGGAGAGUUGCGUUACGUCUAUCAAGUGUACAAAGAAUGCACCGGCGCGGAACUGAGUCCUUGUCUGAAGUUAAAACUUUUAUCGGCCAUGGAUAGGAUCUCUCGGAGCGUUCAAUUGAAUGUAGCCGAUGGCGUUACCCUGGUUCAUGACGAAUCAGCUGCCAACGAAUCCGAGCCAGAAAAAUCUGUUCAAGAAAUUGAAGCCAGUUUACCGCGAGCGUUAGAAGACAAGGAAGAUGCUCUUAAUAACAUGAUUUUCGACAAGAUUGUUAAAUUCUUUCAAAGUCACACUCUAAAACUAAGAUUGCCAAACGUGGAGGAAUUCCAACGUAGUCUCACAGAAGAAGGUCGCAAGAAGAAGAAUAAAAUGGGUCUUCUUGCUAUUCCUCUGUUAAUUGGCGGUACAUUGGUACCUUUGGCUCUUGGCGCUCUCGCCCUGUUAGCUGGCAAAGCGCUGAUAGUGAGCAAACUUGCGCUAGUACUUGCUGCUAUCAUCGGAUUAAAGAAACUUGUGUCAGGAGGUGGCCACGACCACGGACACGAAGUCGUUCAAGUCGGCGGAGGACACGGAUCGAGCGGAUGGGGAAGAUCUGGGCAAGAUCUGGCCUAUUCCGCGUACAAACCAACCUAGGAAAAGAAAAAUAUUACAUUCUCAUCGUGGCAUCUCUUUAAUCUCAUCCCUUUCUCUCUCUCUUAACCCUCGCAAAAUAUUUUCUUCUCUGUUGUCGCGCGUAACUUGUAUUUAUUUUCAUCCUGUAAACAUAUAAUUCGAUCUCUUCUCACUGUAUUCUCCCGUUGUGUUCACUUUAUGAUCAUUGCACACACGAGAACGCUCCUACACGGAUCAUCCUCAGUAUUUAUUGUUACACGCGUAGCGAUACGCUUACCGCGUCACAUGUGUGAACACAAUAUGUAUAUUUAUAAAU